AUGGCUACCCUUAUUAAUGGGAAGGGGCGCUAUGCUGGCGGCCCAAACUCUCCUCUGGCCGUAAUCAACGUCGUGCCUGCCUUGAGGUAUCGCUUCCGACUGGUGUCUAUUUCUUGCGACCCCGACUUCACAUUCUCGAUUGACGGGCACUCAUUGACCAUCAUCGAAGUCGAUUCAGUUAAUGUUGCUCCUCUUGUGGUCGAUGAAAUUAAUAUUUUGGCGGGCCAGCGUUACUCGUUUGUCCUAAAUGCCAACCAACCUAUCGGAAGUUAUUGGAUACGUGCCAAUCCCAAUAGCGGCACAAAAGGAUUCGAUAAUGGAAUCAACUCUGGGAUUCUGAGAUAUCUUGGUGCUCGUAAGGAAGAUCCAAAAACCAAUAGCACUGUAAACAAUCCUCUACUUGAAACCAAUCUUCACCCAUUAGUGAACCCUGCUGCUCCUGGGCUUCCAUUCCCCGGCGGGGCGGAUGUGAAGAUUCACUUGGACAUUCAAUUUGACUUUUCCGCCUUUAAAUACACUGUAAACAAUGUGUCAUAUUCCCCCCCUGCCAUACCAGUCUUGCUGCAGAUUCUCAGCGGCAAGAGCCGCGCGCAGGACUUGCUCAAUCCGGGUUCUAUGUAUGGCCUACCUCCCAACAAGGUCAUAGAAAUUUCGAUGAACAGCGGGUCACUCGCGAGCCCGCACCCAAUGCAUCUCCAUGGACAUAAAUUUUCUGUCAUUGAAAGCGCAGAUGGCACAGGAUUCAAUUUCAUAAACCCUGUCAGGCGCGACGUGGUUAGCAUAGGAUCAGAUCCUAAUAGAAAUGUUACGAUUCGGUUCAAGACGGAUAACCCAGGACCAUGGAUAUUUCAUUGCCAUGUCGACUGGCAUCUCGAAGCUGGUCUCUCCGUUGUCUUUGCGGAAGAUAUUCCAACCAUAGCGAAAAGCAAGCAUCCAAUGGCAUGGGACAAGCUCUGCCCGGCCUUUGACGCCCUUCCCCCACAAACCUUCCCAUGA